AUGCUUCAGCGCGGAUGGAUCCACCUCGAUUUGCUGCUCCGGGCAGUGCCGCUCAACCCCCUCCGCCGUUCCGUCCUGUGCCGACGGAUCACCGGGCAUACCCAGCGUUACCGGUUCGCCCGCCCCGGUUCCAACCGGCGCCGGUACCACCUCCCCGGUUCCAACCACAUCUGCCCCGGUCCCAACCACGUCUGUGCCCGUACCAACCACAAAUGCCCCGGUUCCCUCCACUCUUCCCCCGUCUGCUACUUUGGCGCCCGGGGGAACUUGUGA